AUGCGUUUCCGCCUUCUCAUUGUUUCCGUCGCCAUGUUUCGAGUAGCCGUCGCUGUUCCCAUCACUUCUCCUUUGACCUUCGGAAAACCCCAGUGCUAUGAAGACUCUUCCAAAGUUCUUAAGCCCGGUAUGACUUGCGAUCAACUAAAAGAGAAUACGUGCUUUUAUUCCGUUCAAAUCCUCAGGGAUCCCGAGUCAGCAACCACCACAAUCACAGACUGGAAUUGUGUCUCAUAUGGGUCAGACCAUUUUGUGUUCAACAGGACAAAGGGUCUGUUCGGUAGCAACGCUGGUCUUGUGGAGGUUAAAGGCCGUGUUUGGGUUGUGUCAAACUUCACCCGUUUGGAUUCACCACAAUCCAUCAUUAUCUUUCCAUUGCUUAAGUGGCAGGGCAAGAAAUAUCCAGUGUAUUUGGCGGAAGAUAUCGGCGACACUUUCUUGGGCGCUAUAGGAAUCGACGGUCCCGACAACCAUUUUUAUCAGAUCGAGAUACCGUGUUGUUACUGGGCUUACUCGAGCUCAUUGACGGGAACUGUAGACCAUCCAUGGAGGAUCUAG